AUGCGCAGUGAGUUCGAGGAGGAGGUGUUUUGUAGUGCCCUUUCCGUGGAACAUCUACUCUCCUACUGCCAUGGAUGUUUCAACAGUGGGUCAGGUUUACGAAAAUGCAGCGGCUGUCGAAUGUUUGUUUACUGUUCCACAUCAUGUCAGAAGAAAGAUUGGCAGUUACAUAAGAAUGAAUGCACGGCUUGCAAGGCCUGUGAUGGAGUUUCGAAUGAAGACAUCCGAUUAGUAAUGAGGUUGGCUGUGAAAUGGGCUGCAGGAGAAAUGGGAGAUACUGAAGCAGAUGGAGUGGUUCGUAACCUUUCCACCUUGGAAUAUCAUGGUGAUGUACUUGAGGAGAAAGCCAGUUUAUUUCUGAAAGAUUUCAAACAAUUUUUUCGGAAGCGCAUUGUAAGCGACGAUGUGAUUAAAAGGUUGUGCAAGGUUACAUGCGUGAAUAGCUUCUCUUUAACAAAUGAAUACGGAACCUCCAUCGGGAUAUCAUUGUGUGUUCGACUCAGUGCGAUUGAUCACUCAUGCCGCCCGAAUGUACGUUAUGCUUAUCGAGGAAAUUAUGCGCUGAUGGUCCCUACUUUAUGGUCAAAAACUCCAUUAACGCUUAAAGAAGCUAAACAUUCCUACAUCAACGAGCUCAUGCCAAGGACAAUGCGUCAGGAAAUUUUAAAACGAGAUUACAACUUCGACUGUUCAUGCGAAGGCUGCUUAGACGAAGAACGAAACGAACGCAUGGAAGGAUGGUAUUGUGAGCAGUGUGAAGAUGGCUGGUUACCACCACGAGAAGAUUCAACGUGCUCUAUGUGUGGAUGGAAAAUAACUCUUGACCACUACGAAGUAUGUCGAUUAGCGGAAGAAACUGCCAAGUCUGGUAACAAGGUCCUCUUAGGAGACGAAUACAAACGUGAAGCAAAGCUUAAGAUGGCUUAUACUAUGAUGCCAAUUUUUGAAGGAGCUCUAUAUAUUUUCAACGUACUCAGGAUCCCUAGUCUACGGACUCUUUAUGGGAAUGCCGUCACUGAAAAGAACGCUGAGGAAAUUAUCAAAUACGGUGGCGCACUGUUACUCUUGCAAGAACAAUACCAAGACCAGGAUGAUUUGGCUUUGUGUCAUCUGAAAUUUGGCCUUGCACAAGCGUAUAAAUCAAUUGAGAAGGACGACGAGUGUAAAAAAAUGCUUAAAGGAGUGAAAGAGGUUUUCGGACGUGCGUAUGGAUCAAAUUCCAGGAUUUACAAACUUGCAUCUCUAAUUUCAUAG